CAGCUUUAAUGUGAAAAAUAGGCUCUUUCUGCCCAGGAGCAGCACCAGCAUGAGGACUGAUGGGCAUAUACAGGAACUCUUUCAUGAAGAAGCACAACAGAGUUCCCAGAUGCACAACAAGCCAUGGUGGAAGAUAGAUCUCUUUGUUUGGGAACCUGUCCUCUUUGGAACAUGGGAUGGAGUCUUUACCUCUUGCAUGAUCAACAUCUUUGGAGUUGUUCUCUUUCUGAGGACAGGGUGGCUGGUAGGAAACACUGGUAUUCUUAUGGGCAUGUUUUUGGUGUCCUUUGUCAUCUUGGUGGCCUUAGUAACUGUCUUGUCUGGCAUUGGAGUUUGUGAGCGGUGCAGUAUUGGAAGUGGAGGAGUCUAUUCAAUGAUUUCUACGGUCCUUGGAGGUCAAGUUGGAGGGACCAUUGGCCUCCUUUAUAUAUUUGGUCAGUGUGUUGCAGGUGCAAUGUACAUUACUGGAUUUGCUGAAUCUAUCUCUGACCUCCUGAACCUCCGUAACAUUUGGGCAGUAAGAGGCAUCUCACUUGCUGUCCUGCUGGGCUUGCUUGGAAUUAACCUUGCUGGUGUGAAAUGGAUAAUCCGUCUCCAGCUGCUUCUCCUCUUGCUACUAGCUGUUUCUACAUUGGAUUUUGUCAUUGGAUCUUUCACACACCUAGAUCCAGAACAUGGUUUUGUUGGCUAUUCUGAAGAACUUAUGUUGAACAACACACUCCCAGAUUACAGCUCAGGAGAAUCCUUCUUCACUGUAUUUGGAGUGUUCUUCCCAGCUGCUACAGGUGUGAUGGCUGGGUUCAAUAUGAGCGGUGAUCUCAAGAAACCUGCAACAAAUAUACCUCUGGGAUCCCUGUCUGCCAUAAGCAUCUCGUGGUUUCUAUAUAUAGUGUUCGUAUUUUUGCUGGGUGCCAUUUGUACCCGGGAAUCGCUCCGUUAUGAUUUUAUGAUAGCAGAGAAGGUGUCCUUGGUGGGCUUCUUAUUCUUGCUUGGGCUAUACAUUUCAUCUUUAGCAUCUUGUAUGGGAGGUCUCUAUGGAGCACCCCGGAUCCUACAAUGCAUCGCGCAGGAGAAAGUGAUACCAGUUCUUGCAUUUCUUGGACGAGGGAAAGGACCAAACAAAACCCCAGUGGCUGCAAUCUGCUUAACAAGCCUAAUCACCAUGGCUUUCAUUUUCAUUGGCCAAGUGAAUGUUCUUGCUCCAAUAGUCACCAUAAACUUCAUGCUGACCUAUAUUGUGGUGGACUACUCCUAUUUCUCGGUCUCCAUGAGCUACAGCCUUCAACAGAACUCAAAAAGGACACAGAGAAAGGAUUCUAGGGUUGUCCCCGGCUGUUCUCGGCCUUUAAUACUUGACAGACAGUCUUUUUAUGGAUCAGAUGGAAUAGUUCAAGGCAGAUCAGAUGGCACUUUGCUUGAAUUCACAAAGGAUAUGGACCAUCUUUUUAGGCCUCACGAUAAAGAUCCAUUGACUAGUCUUGAACCAAAAGAAAAGGACAAGGACAUUGGACAAAUGAUCAAGCAGAGAAAACAAAAGAAGGCAGCCAAAGAGACAUUACAAGACAGCUUUCUCUUGGAUCUUGACAAUAACAUUGCUCAUGCUCAGGAUCUUUUCAGUAAUGCCCUGGAAUCCAGCGAUAAAAGUAUGCAGAGCUUUUCAGAACCAAGUUCCCAGAAGGAAGAGGGUAUAUCUCAAUCUGCAGCUACAGAAGCCAAGCAGAAGCAUGAACACAGUGGAGGCCACCAUUUUGAUGAAAUGCAGAAAACUCCCAGUCCAAAAAUGGAAGAUUUAAGCGUAAAGCAACAAAGUCAAGAAUUAGAGAUUCAGAAGCUGCCAGCAUCCUUCUACUCCAAACUGUGUGAUCGCUGGGUCUCCCUCGUUGGAGCAAUAGGAUCACUUGCCAUUAUGUUUGUCAUUCAGUGGAUAUACACCCUUGUAAACUUGGGACUAGCCAUUAUCCUGUAUUUCUACAUUGGCCAAGUGAGCCCAGGGCUACCACCAGGUGCAGCAGCCAACUUUAGCUUUUUCAAGUGGGUGAAAUUGCUUUUGUUGAAUGCCUGCAGGGGAAGGCCAUCCGCAGAGGAACGAUUUGUUGUGACACCGUCCUUUGCAACAGUUGGCAUGGAGACCACUCAGCUCACGGAAGAGAAUACAGACUUCGCCUCCCGGGACCGCUACCACCAUUCCUCUGUUAUCACCCGAGAAGAGUUUGUUAAUCGGUUCAACUGAGAAAGCAACAUGCCAUUCACCCCAUCAGCCAAUUAGAAACGCUGACCAUGGACACACUGCCAGAUUAAAAGGCUUGCCCUUUUACGACCAAAUUUAAUGAAUACUGAAACUUCCAAUUAAAGGGGGAGGAAAGCAAAGGCAAACUUUCCAAAUAACAUAUUAUUCAAAAUAGAGUUUUAUGUCCAGUCCCAAAAAUGGUUAUUUUUU